GGCGGCCAGAGAGGAGCAGUCUAGGAAGCCGCGGCCGUGGAUCUCGGAGCUGGCAUUGGCUCCUGAGAUAGACAGAUAGUAGCGACCAGGGCUCCGGGGCCGGCGAGAUGCCUCUGUUCACUGCCAACCCUUUCGAACAAGAUGUAGAAAAGGCCACGAAUGAGUACAACACUACAGAAGAUUGGGGCCUUAUUAUGGACAUAUGUGACAAAGUUGGAAGCACUCCUAAUGGAGCAAAAGAUUGCUUAAAAGCCAUAAUGAAAAGGGUAAACCAUAAAGUUCCUCACGUUGCUCUGCAAGCAUUAACUCUUCUUGGGGCUUGUGUGGCAAACUGUGGAAAGAUAUUUCACUUAGAAGUAUGUUCCCGAGAUUUUGCAACAGAAGUGCGUGCUGUAAUAAAAAAUAAGGCCCAUCCUAAAGUUUGUGAAAAACUGAAAUCUUUAAUGGUGGAAUGGUCAGAAGAAUUUCAGAAGGAUCCUCAAUUUAGUCUCAUAUCUGCAACUAUUAAAUCUAUGAAAGAAGAAGGAAUUACUUUUCCUUCUGCAAGUUCACAGACUGUCUCAGCUGCCAGGAAUGGCACAUCAGUGAACAAAAACAAAGAAGAUGAAGACAUAGCUAAAGCUAUUGAAUUGUCAUUGCAAGAGCAGAAGCAGCAGCACACAGAAACAAAGUCCUUAUAUCCAUCUGCAGAAAUUCAGUUAAACAGUAAGGUUGCAAGGAAAGUGAGAGCUUUGUAUGAUUUUGAAGCCGUGGAGGACAAUGAACUCACUUUUAAACAUGGUGAAAUUAUUAUUGUCUUGGAUGAUAGUGAUGCCAACUGGUGGAAAGGAGAAAAUCACAGAGGAGUAGGACUCUUUCCAUCCAAUUUUGUAACAACUAAUUUAAACCUGGAGUCUGAGGCAGCGGCCGUGGACAAAUUGAAUGUAAUCGAUGACGAUGUGGAGGAAGUUAUAACAGAGCCUGAACCUGUUUGUAUAGAUGAGGAUAAGAUGGAUAGAGCUUUGCAGGUACUCCAAAGUAUAGAUCCAACAGAUUCAAAACCAGAUUCCCAAGACCUCUUGGACUUAGAAGAUAUCUGUCAACAGAUGGGUCCAAUGAUAGAUGAAAAACUUGAAGAGAUUGAUAGGAAGCAUUCAGAACUGUCUGAGUUGAAUGUUAAAGUCAUGGAAGCCCUGGAACUGUAUAACAAAUUGAUGAAUGAGUCUCCAGUGUAUCCAGUCUAUUCAAAGCUCCACACUCCAGCACAUUACCCACCUGCGUCAGCUGGGGUUCCAGUGCAGCCAUACCCAGUUCAGUCACAUGGUGGAAACUAUGUGGGUCAAGGCAUUCACCAAGUCACUGUCGCCCAGAAUUACAGCCUAGGACCAGAUCCCAUGGGCCCAAUGAGAUCUCUGCCUCCGAGUGUGACUUCCUCUGUGACAGCGCAACCUGUGCAAACUCCGUAUUUAAGCACUGGUCAAGACACUGUUUCCAAUCCCACGUACAUGACCCAGAACUCUAAUCUUCAAUCAGCUCCCGGUACAGCGGCUUACACACAGCAGAUGGCGAUGUCUGUGGAGAUGCCAUCUUAUCAGAACACUACUUCCAGUUUGCCACAAGUGGCGGGCUUUCCACUGGCCGUUCCAGCCCAUUCCAUUGCACAGCAGCAGACGAAUUACCAUCAGCAGCCUCUCCUGUAGAAACAAACCAGGCAUUUUCCUGAAAGCAUUCUCAAGUGUGUUAUUCAGUCCUUUGUUUUUCGUCUGAAAAUAUUAAAAGAAAAAAAAUAUAAUCUCUCAACUCAAAGGACCAUGAAUAAAGCACAAAAGCCUAUCUUAAUUCUACUAAGGCCAUAAAAGGGUUGUUUCUUUUUGUUUUUGGGGGUUUUUGUUUUUUUUAGUCCAAUUUCUUUGAAAUCAAAGUUCUGAUCAACGAUGCUUCUAGUUAGUUUUGUCUUGUUUUAAAAUGCCUCCUCAUAAAUCUGGACACCAAUAAGUACUAAACAGCUA